ACACGCAGCGCCUCUAUCAUGCUAAGUAAAUUGCAACAAAAUGGACCCGCAAAUUCCUGAAAAUUGUAUAGAAGGGGUCAGGAGAAGAAAGUGGGGAGGUCCAUUUUCUUAUUGGAUAUUUUGAGAGCAAACAUUUGAAUAAUUCAAAAAUACGCGGCCUGAUUUAUAAUAAAAUCUGAUAAACAUGACCAGGUGAGAAUAAAUAAUUCUGUCACUGGAUAAUUACAAAGCUUCAAAACAUAUAUAAACAAUUAUUCAUCAACACCUGACAAGUCAUAAUUUUAAUAAAAAAAAUCUUGAAGAAUGAGAUCAAAUAAUCCAUUGCAGUUGACUCUCGCUAUUUUGAAGCCUCACGUCAUAAAAAAUCCGUUCGCGCUUCAGAAAAUACGACAGCUGAUACUCGACAAUGAUUUCAAAAUAGUCAGGUCUCGUCGGACUAAAAUCACCUUCAGCGAGGCGAGUUUUUUUUACCAGGACCACAAGGAUAAAUUUUUCUACAAUCGCCUGGUGACUUUUAUGAGCAGUGGACCUUCAGAUAUUCACAUUCUAGCACGAGACAAUGCUAUUGUAAGGUGGAGAGAACUGAUGGGCCCUACGAAGGUCUACCAGGCUCAAUAUUUAGCUCCAGAGUCAAUUCGCGGCAGGUUUGGACUCUCUGACACCAGGAACGCCACCCACGGAUCAGAUUCUCCAGACUCAGCACAAAGAGAAAUAAAAGUUUUUUUUAAAGAUUUUAACAUUGAUGAAUGGUUUGACCAAGAAGAAAUUUAUUUCAAGCAUGAACAGCUUAAAUUUGACCAAGAUUUAUUUUUACACAUAAUUGACAAAUCACUAAAGCCUCUUCUAUCGUGACAAAAAUUUUUAAAACACUCCACACUAGUUAUAAUUAAUUGUUAAUUAUUUUUUAAACAGUAGGAAGUUAAAUAA